GCGCACACCCAGGCGGCGCCUGCGGAAUCCCGGAGGGACAGGGAGGGAUCGAGCAAGAGGAAGUGGGUCCCGUUGUAGUUCUUGGGAUUAAGUGACCACUGUCCUGAAAGAGCUUGGAUGAGGAGCAGAUCUCUGCCCUUUUCCCAGAAGAACCAGAAAUGACCAAGUCCCUGGGAUCAGUGUCUUUCAAGGAUGUCACUGUAGACUUCAGCAGGGAGGAGUGGCAGCAACUGGACCUUGCUCAGAAAAGCCUAUACACGGAUGUAAUGCUGGAAAACUAUUUCAACUUGAUCUCAGUGGGGUGUCAAGUUCCCAAACCAGAAGUCAUUUUCAACUUGGAGUUGGGAGAAGAGCCGUGUAUGUUGGAUGAUGGAACCUCCAGCCAGAGCUGUCUAGAUCAGAGUAUUGGUUUCGAAACAUCACAACAGGGGAUGUCUGAAGAAGUUUCUGUCCAUUUUGAGAGAAUGAAUCUCUUCACAAGAGAUGACCCAUACUCCGUUCUAGAAGAAUUGUGGCCGGAUGGUGAACAGACAGGGAAAUGUGAGGAAAACCAGAACAAACAGUUAAGUCAUGUCACCUCCAUCGACAAAGACACACUAGCUAAUGAGGACUAUGAAUAUAAUGACAGUGGGAAAAUAUUUCAUGUAAACACAUACCUUGUUCCUCGAAGAAGAGGACUCCAUAAUUAUGACUCAUUCCGAAGGAGUUUGAAGCCAAUUGUAAGCUUAUGUAGUUGUAAUAGAAACAGUGCAACAGAAAAUUUUGAUGAAAUUAUUCAAUAUGGUAAUAUUUUCCCUCAUGUGAAUUCUCAUGCAGAGACAAAUACCUGUGAAUAUAACCAGUAUAAGAAACUGCUGAGUCAAAUGCAAGUUCUCAUUCAACAUCAGAAAAUUUAUGCUGGGGAGAACCUCUGUUUGUUUUCUGAUUUCAUAAAACUUUUCACCCAUAAAUCACACCUUUUUGCACAUCAAAGGAUUUAUGCUGAAGAGAAACAUCAUGAGUGCAGCAACUGUGAGACAGUCUUCUCUCAGAAGCCCCAACUUGCUGUGCCCCAGAAGGUUUAUACAGGAGCGAAACCCUUUAUAUGCACUGAAUAUGGGAAGGACUUUUCCCUCCGUUCAAACCAUGAGGAAACUCACACUGAAGAGACUGCCUGUAAAUGCAGUGCGCAUGGGAAGUCCUUUAUCCAGAAGUCAGAUCUGUUCAGACAUCAGGGAAUGCGUCCCGGAGAGAAAAAAACCUAUGAAUAUGGUGAAUGUGGGAAAAAUGUGUCUCAGAAUUCAAACCCCAAUGGACAUAAAAAAGUUCGUACUGGAGAGAAACACUUUGAAUGUACUGAAUGUGGAAAAGCUUUCACUAGGAAGUCAACACUCAGUAUGCAUCAGAAAAUCCAUACGGGAGAAAAACCCUACGUAUGUACUGAAUGUGGGAAAGCCUUUAUCCGAAAGUCCCAUUUUAUUACACAUGAGAGGAUUCAUACUGGAGAGAAACCUUACGAAUGCGGUGACUGUGGGAAGUCCUUUAUAAAGAAGUCACAACUCCAUGUGCAUCAGCGAAUUCACACAGGAGAGAAUCCCUUUAUAUGUUCGGAAUGUGGGAAGGUCUUCACCCACAAGACCAAUCUCAUUAUACACCAGAAAAUUCAUACUGGUGAGAGACCUUAUAGAUGUACUGAAUGUGGGAAGGCCUUUACUGACAGGUCAAAUCUCAUUAAACACCAAAAAAUUCAUACUGGGGAGAAACCAUAUAAAUGCAGCGACUGUGGAAAAUCAUUCACCUGGAAGUCCCGGCUCAGGAUACAUCAGAAAUGUCACACUGGAGAGAGACAUUACGAAUGCAGUGAAUGUGGGAAGGCGUUUAUUCAGAAGUCAACACUGAGUAUGCACGAGAGAAUUCAUAGAGGAGAAAAGCCCUAUGUUUGCACUGAAUGUGGGAAAGCCUUCUUCCACAAGUCCCAUUUUAUUACACAUGAGAGGAUUCACACUGGAGAGAAACCUUAUGAAUGCGGUGACUGUGGGAAGUCCUUCACUAAGAAAUCGCAGCUCCAUGUCCAUCAGCAGAUUCACACGGGGGAGAAACCCUACAGAUGUGCUGAAUGUGGCAAGGCUUUCACUGACAGAUCAAAUCUCUUUACACACCAGAAGAUUCAUACUGGCGAGAAGCCCUAUAAGUGUAGUGAUUGUGGGAAGGCCUUCACCCGGAAGUCAGGCCUCCACAUCCAUCAGCAGUCUCAUACUGGGGAAAGACGUUAUGAGUGCAGUGACUGCGGGAAAGCCUUUGCAAGGAAGUCGACACUAAUUAUGCAUCAGAGAAUUCACACAGGAGAGAAACCUUACAUUUGUACUGAAUGUGGGAAGUCCUUCAUCCAGAAGUCGCACUUAAAUCGGCAUCGGAGGAUUCACACUGGAGAGAAGCCCUAUGAAUGCAGUGACUGUGGGAAGGCCUUUAUUAAGAAGUCACAACUCCAUGAACAUCAUCGAAUUCACACAGGAGAGAAACCGUACAUGUGUGCUGAAUGUGGAAAGGCCUUUACCAUCAGAUCCAAUCUUAUUAAACACCAGAAAAUUCAUGCGAAACAGAAAUCCCGUAAAUGCAGUGACUUUAGGAAAGCCUUCAGCUGGAAGCCACAACUCGGUAUUCAUGAGAAGCCUGACGCUGGGGAAGUAGGAUGCCUAAUGCCACAGUCAUGGCGUGGGGAUGCAAAGUUGUGAGAAGCUAUAGCUUGACUGAGAAGCAAGAGG